AUGGUCGGCCACGGCGUCACAGGGAUGCUUGGGGAAGAUGGAAUUCACAUUGACAUGAACCACCUGAAGAAAGGAGAGGUCAAUAUGGCGAUCAAUUUCAAGGACGGCGUCAUUCUGGGCGCAGACAGCCGGACAACCACCGGAGCCUACAUCGCCAACCGAGUCACCGAUAAACUCACACAAGUCCACGAUACCAUCUGGUGCUGCCGAUCAGGGUCUGCGGCGGAUACACAGGCUGUCGCUGACAUUGUCUCCUACCAUCUCAACAUGUACGGCAUCGUGAACAACGAGGCUCCUAGCACCCAGGUGGCCGCGGCUCUGUUCCAGGAGCUGUGCUAUGAAAACAAGGAUAUGCUGAGUGCCGGUAUUAUCAUCGCAGGAUACGACCCCCGACAUGGCGGUCAGGUCUACUCGAUACCCCUGGGCGGAUCCCUACAUAAGCAGUCCUAUGCGAUUGCCGGUUCCGGAUCAACUUACAUUUACGGCUACUGCGACGCCAACUGGAAGGAAAACAUGACAGAGGAAGAAGGGAUCGAUUUUGUGCGCGGUGCACUCCAGGAGGCGAUCAAGUGGGAUGGCAGCUCCGGGGGUGUGAUUCGAUUGGUGGUGCUGACGCGUCGGGGAGCCGAGAGACAUUUGUACCUGCCGGAUAAGGGCUACACUGGACCCGGUGUGACCAACCGGUCAUGA